AUGCCUAAUGUGACAGUAAGCUCUUUAAAAAAGGAAAAUGACAACCUUAAGGAUGAAAUCACCGCCCUGAAGCGAAAAUUGGAAGAGCUACAGCAGUCCAUCAAACGACAAGAUCCACAAGUCACCAGUAAUGGCGGCGAACAACCUACUCGUUUGAUUACGGACGCUGAGUCCCUAAGUACCUUGGAAUUUUAUGGAAAAUCAUACGAUGACGAUUAAACAGCUCCGGUCACUCCUAAAUUUGCUGUCAUCCCGAGUCGGAAGGUCGGAGAUUCCAUUGAACAACUGCAAAGGUAUAGUUUCCAGUACAAUAUUAAGAUUAUUUGCCAUCAAGAAAGCGAGACGCGCGAAUCGGCCUCCCAAACUGCCUCCCUGUGUAUCAAUCUUUUCAAAGUCGCUGGAAUUGAAAUUUCAAAUCGAGACAUCGAUAUCGCCCAUCGUAUCCCUACCAGAACUGCCACUUCUGGCCCUCGACCAAUUGUCUGCAAAUUCAAAAGACGAAUUGUGAAAGAGCAA